AUGAGCGGAGGCGGCCACUCGCUCUGGGGCAUGGAGCGGACCCGACUUCACGGCGUGGAGAGGGGGCGUGAGAACAGGUGGGGGGAGAAGGUGACGCGGCUGGUGGGGAAUGUGAGGAUCGUGAAGGCGGGCUGGUCUUGGAACAAGGAAAGGGCGCCGGACGAGGAGAGGGACGAGGAGAGGUCCGCCGGCGAGGGCAACAUCCCCGGGGAGGAGCUAUUCAAAACCGAGGAAAAAUUCCGGGACUCGGAGUUAUUUGGAGGUGAACUACCGCACUGCUGGGACGAGGAGGCGUUCGGAAUCCGGGAGGGGUACUGCGGCGGCGGUGAGCGGUGUCGAACCCGGGAGGGAUGCUAUGGUGGCGAAGAACGGUGUCGGGUCCGGGAGGGAUGCUUUGGUGCCGAGGAGCGGUGUCGGGCCCGGGAGGCAUACUGUAGCGGCGAAGAGCGGUGUCGAGCCCAGGAGGGAUGGGCCAAAGACCUCUACCGAAGACGGGAGGGAUCCCAGAGUGCAGACAGAUUCGGAGGAGAGGAGAUAUCCUGGGGCGAAGAGAGAUACCGAGGCCUGGAGGGAACCCGAGGUGAAAUGCGAUACCGAAGCCGGGAGGGAUCCCGGGGUGAGAUGCGAUACCGAAGCCGGGAGGGAUCUCGGGGUGAAAUGCUAUACCGAGGCCGGGAGGGAUCCCGGGGAGGGGAACGAUUCCGAAGCCGGGAGGAAUCCCGGGCUGAAGCGAGAUACCCAGGCCGGGAGGGAUCCCGGGCUGAAGCGAGAUACCCAGGCCGGGAGGGAUCCCGGGCUGAAGCGAGAUACCAAAGCCGGGAGGGAACCCGGGCUGAAACGAGGUACCAGCGCCGGGAGGGAUCCCGGGCUGAAGCGAGAUACCACAGCCGGGAGGGAUCCCGGGGUGAAGAGAAAUACCGAGGCAGAGAUGGAUCCUGGGUGGAAGAGAGAUCGCGAAUCGGGAGGAAGUCCCGAGCCGGGGAGAGAUUCUGGGGCGAAAAGAGACAUCGAUUCGGGGACAGAUUGCGGGGUGAGGAGCACUGUCGAGGCAGCGAUGGACCCUGGGGCGAAGAGAGAUUCGGUGGAGAAGAUAGGUCCCCGUGGGUGGAAGAGGUGUACCGGGAGGGAUCCCGAGUGGAGGACCGGUCCCAGGAGGAAGAGUGGAUCCUUAAGGAGAAUGGGCGGGGCGAAGACCGAGUGCUGGGCCGGGACAGGUCCGGGAGCUUGCGGAAGCUGAGUAGGGACCCCUUCCGAGGGGAGGAGCUGUCGGCCGAGAAGGGGCGUGGCGAGGAAGCCGAGUCGGCGGAGCUACCGCCCAGGAAUCCCGGGAAAGCGUGGGAGAUGGAGCCCGGGGAGGGGCAGGGGCGGGACACGGAGGGAAAGCGCAGCGCGCACUCCCCGAGUCGGAAACCGCGGAGUGGGCGCCGUGCGGAGAAGUUCCGGGAAGUGGUCGCCGAGCGGGGUCAGACCAAGCCGAAGAACAACCGGUCUUUGAGCAAGGUCGCAGAAUGGAGAAGGGGGAGCUUCGAGGGAAAGAGGGAAGGUAGGGAAAGGAGCGAGAGCAGAGGCAAGAACAAGGAUGGGAAUAGGACAACGGAUAACAAGAAGGGAUUGCUCAAAGGACGAAACUGUAACCGAGACCGGCCGAAGAGCAAUGACCUAAAACUGAGAGAGGUCGGAGCCAGGAUCAAGAUCAGGCGAAAGGAGCCGGACCGAAGGAGGCACCCGAGCAUUAGUAGGGGCGGGGCCCGGAGCCAGAGCCGGGCGCAGACCAAGAGGAAGGAGGGGCUGGGGUCGCGGAGCAAGAGCAGGGGCGGGGUCAGGAGUAAGAAUGGAGGCGUGGACCUGAGCAGGGGCGUGGCCAAGAGUAAGAGGAAGGUUACGGCCAGGUGCAAGACCUGAGACCCCGACAGGGGCGGGGCGAAGCGCUGGAGCCUGUGCAAUCACUCAGAGCUGUCUGGACAGCCCUGGAGAGCUGCCUCACCUGCCACUAUUGAACCGGGCGUUAUCCAGGCUACAUUGCGCUCUGCCAAGCCGUGUCCCCUGCCAGCCCUGUGAGAUCGAAAGGAGAGAGACAGACAGACAGAGAGGUACAAGUCCUGCGGGCGCUGUGGAAGAUGCUACUUUCUGUGAGCCGGAACUUUGCCCAUGGACCUGCACAAGUGUAACAGAAUGAAGAUACUGGUUUCCACUUUCCCUUUCUUUGUGAUGAUAUGAAGAUUGAAGAAGUUGGUAUAUGUAAGGGUCUUGGUGCUAGGGUCACGCUACAUGCUGACCUUCACUGUUGGUGGACCCACAGCUGUGAGGAAUGGGCAACCUGUCCAUCUGCUACAACAGCCCCAGCACAAGACCCGACUCAACAUAGUCUCUUCUGAAUGAAAAAGUGAUCACUUGCGUAUAGUACCUUAUGGAGGCUAUGUCUGGAGAACUCCUCAAUGCAGAGAUGGCAACUUCUCCCCUGAGUUUUUCUGCAAGAUGAUGAGCAGAAGAUGAGCCAGUUACAAAGGCAUGUUGACUGUGACUCCUGUGGUACUUGACUUCUCCCCCAAUCCCGAGCCCAUCCCUGCUCAUCUUCCAUGGUGAGCUGCACCUUCAUGAGUUCCCACUCCAUGGCAAUUGGGCCCUGUUCUUCAUCCCUGUGUGUGAAAGUCCAGGAGCUACACCACAGGGUGUGCAGGACUGUCUUGUCUACCCAUCCCUACUGUCUGCUGCCUGCAGGUGACGGCCAGCUGUUUUGUGGGCCUAGUGAUCCUUUCUACCCUCUUCUGCUGGACACUACACAAUGCCACUCUCGUGAAGUCUUCCGCGGGUCUUCUCAGACAAGUUCCAGAUAGAGCUCCAAGCAACUCUUCAGGACAAGGAUGAACCUAAACAUACUUGGGCAAACAAUCACUGGCCCCUAUCUCUAGCCUGCUCCAACUCCCAUGUACCCUCGGGCCUCUCCUGUUAGACCUUUUAUGGAAACACUGCUUGCCUUCCACACAGGCCUCUCUGUUUUGCUUGAAUGUUUACUACCUAUUCAGAUCCAAAUAAACCCUCAUUUCAGUACCAGCAAGGAGCCCUCCCUCAGGUUCACUUGGAAUGUGCUAUCCCAGCUGCACAGGUCAUUAAAAUAUGAAAGCCUUUCUUUA